AUGCACGAGUACCGCCUUGACGGCGACUUCUCCUACAGUAGUCACACGUGCAAGGAGGAAUGGGUAAUAUGCAGAAUAGUGCACAAAAUGGGUGAGAAGAAAAACCCAGUGCUCCAAGGACAUAAUAGCUACCUGUUGGAAGUUUCCUCAUCUCCCAACACCAGUUGUUCCCUACCUCCUCUGCUUGAAACCCCAACAACACUAUUGGAAUCCCCAUCCCAAAACCACCCAAUGCAUUCCCUCCAAAACUCUUUUCUCAUUGAUCACCGUCAAGAAAGUAACCAGCUGAUACCUCUAACCCACCCACUUGUCUCCCAACCAAACCUGUUUUCAAUAAAUGGGUUCUUCCAACCCUCCUUUUCACCCACUCCCAACACCAACAGCAUCACCACAUCAAACAAAGACACAGACACCAACUACCACGGCCCAUCCCCAUCACCAUCACCAUCACCAUCACCAUCCAUCCUCUUCAAGUCUCUCCUCUCACAUCAGGAACCAGCAGCAGCCACUAUUCCAAAACAGUGCAAGACAGAAGCCAACUUUUUCCAUUUUCAACUAUCUGAAUCUGAUGCUAAGUUGCGCGGGGCAUAUAAGAAUCAGCAAAGCACCACCUAUAAGAAUCCUUUAUUUCUUGGGUGGGAUUGCAGUGUAAUGGGGUUCUCAUCUGGUGCUGGAGCAGAUGCUCUUAAUGACAUGUCCAGUACUCCAGUUGCUUUCAACAAUGCCGGCUUUCAGGUGUUUGUAGAUCCUUCCAUCAAAGCCACUGCAGAUUCUUGGCCUUUCCAUCUUUAA